CGACUGCGCGGAGGGAGCAACAGAGCGUGUGUUGGGAGCAAGGAAUCCAUAUGGAGUUCACAGACACAAGCGCCGCCAACCACACCCGGCGUUGUCGACAGAGCAGCCGUGAGUUGAGCACUAGAAAAACCGCCCGGGUGGUUUCUAGGAGACACACGGCAGCGUCAUCGUUAUCGACGAGAAUGCCCACCAUCACCACCGCCGCCGCCAUCCUGGGAGCGCUGAUCGCUUCCUGCUGCCUGAGCGCCCCCUUCCUGGCCGAAGCGUUCCUUCUCCCUCCUGCCAGAGCAGGGCUGGCCCAAAGGGAAACAGCCGCGACCGCAAGGGUGAUGGCAGCCAAGGGCUUCGGUAAAAGCGUCGAGCCCCCCACUCCCGCCCCGGCGACGACGGAAGGGGAAGUGGGAGGGGGCAAGGCCCCCAGAAGCGAGGGGCUUAGCGGGGUGGGGUCGUGGGAGGAGGAGUACAAGGCCUACAUCAAGAGGACCGGGCAGUACCUGUGCAGCAUGAGCUGGGAGGGCCACCAGGAGAUGGGCAGGGGGGCCAUUUUUGCCAACUACGACGACGCUCGGAAGGAAGACAAGCUUAACGAGACGGACAAGUUCGGCGGCAUUCCUUCCAUGUACGUGCCAUUGACGGAGUUCGAGAGCAUGAAGGCGGCGGGGCAGGAGGCGGGGGAAGAGGACGACCUCGGGCAGAUCGUGAGGCGGGUCAAGGACUACCGCCCAGAGAGGGAGUUUGUCGUGGUCUUCCAGGCUGCGGGGGUAAUGGGGGCGGACAUCGUUCGGCCAAACGUGUCGCCGCCGGAGAUGGCGAAACACGUCGUGAAGUCAGACGGAGUUUCCACGAUGCCUAGCGAUACAGGCUUGGAUGGCGUCAUCGAUGUCAACUAGAUCUGGCUCGCGGUCCUUUGUGCCCUUGAGUUGAUCGACUCCGAGCGAUUGAAUCGCCGCGUACGUCGUCGACUGCCUUGAGCUGAACCCGACGGCCGCAAGUGUCGGGCAUAAUUUCGCGUCCUAGAGCGAGACGCAACCUCCCGACUAGACGAGGAAGGUCUUUGUAGCACUUGGAGCUUCUGAGCGCCUCGGCAUGUACGCAGCACAAGAACCCUCUGUCUUGUACGUCUGGGUUCUAGCAAGUCUAUAAGAGCCGUGCAAGGAACGGGAUGUCCUUAAGCCUACGAUGUUUCACGUUUGGUUUUGCGUUUCACAGCUUGCCUUCCGGAAGCACUACCGUGCGUCGACGUUGUUGGGAAGGUCGUUUGUCUAGGCAAUUUUGCACAAAACGGGUAAAAAUCUCUCCUGUCUAUUUUGAGGGGUGCCCCGCCGCCGUCAUGUGUUGCGGACAAAAUCUCCGUUGUCUGAAGCCCUCGCCUAACUUGAGGGCCAAACACGGUUGACUUCUGGGUGGUGCAGACCGUU